CAGCUAAAAAAUGGUAGCCCGGCCGAGUGUAAAUCUAAUUAAUCGGGUUAACCCGUACGAGUUGGCGGGUCAGCCCAGAAGAAAAUUUAUCCGCAAAGGGUUUCACCAAUCUUCCACGCCGCCUCCACUCCCGCCCUGCUCUGCCAUCUCAAUUGUAUUGUGGGGAUCAGAUUCUCGCUCGCCUUCUUACUCCGGCUCUCGCUCUCGACAGAUCCCUUAUCCGCCGCCACAUAAAAGGGGAGAUGUUGGAGCAUGACUCCAUUUCAAAUCCUACUCACAGCAAGACAACCGGCCUUCCUCGUAAGCGGUUCUAUCGAGCUCGGGCUCACAGCAACCCCUUGAGUGAUUCACAUUUCCCAGUUCCUAUCUCCCCAGCUCAGUUUGACUGCAUUUCCCAUUUCCCUAAGUUCUUCCCUCCCUAUGAAUCUAGUGGCUCCAAAAAGAUUGAGUUUGCCGAUAUUGGAUGUGGAUUUGGUGGGCUUCUAAUUAGUCUUGCAACACUUUUCCCCGAGACACUUAUGAUCGGGAUGGAACUGAGGGACAAAGUAACAGAGUAUGUGAAGGAAAGAAUCCUAGCCUUGAGGGCCUCUAAUCCUGGCAGAUAUGAGAACGUGUCUGUUGUUCGGACAAAUUCCAUGAAGUACAUUCCCAAUUACUUUGAGAAAGCGCAGCUCUCCAAGAUGUUCUUUCUGUUUCCAGAUCCUCAUUUCAAAGAGAAGAAUCAUCGACGUAGGGUAAUUAGUCCUCAUUUGUUGGAUGAGUAUGCCUACGUGCUUAAAGUUGGUGGGAUUAUAUACACAAUCACUGAUGUAGAGGAGCUUGGGGUGUGGAUGAAAGGUUGUUUGGAUGAUCAUACAUUGUUUGAGCCUCUUUCAGAGGAAGAGCUGGCAGCUGAUCCCGUUGUGAAGCUCUUGAGCACUGCCACUGAGGAAGGGCAGAAAGUAGCAAGGAAUGAAGGGCAGACGUAUCAAGCUGUUUAUAGACGCAUUGCAUCGUCCCAUCCUUGUUGAUGUAUGUGCAAAUUUGUUGGGGAAGCUUCUACUGAUAUAAGUAGUAUAGUCGAAGUAAGAAGUAUUUUUGACAAAUUUUGAUGGUGAGCAGCGUUUAUGUUAUUGCUUAUGUAGAUUUGAAUGCUCUAGCUGAAUCUGAGGAUAAGCCUUGAGUUAUCACCAUUUUUUGUUUAUUAUGUAUUCUGCCUUUUUCUGUUGGCCAGUGAUGAAACAGUUUUGUAGAAACGAUUAUUGUUGAUGAUUGAAUCUAAAAGGAUAGAAGAAAAAAGCAGAUUUAUUUUAUGCUGCCAU